UUGUACUUUGUCUGCCAGAUCCGCGUUCCCACUCACGAAGAUGGCCGGUGCCUUUUCUGGGAGUUCGCAACCGACAAAUAUGAUCUCGGUUUUGGAUUAUAUUUCGAAUGGACCUUAACUCCACCUGAUAAAAUUACUGUCAAUGUAUCUGAGUCUAGCGACGAAGAGGAAGAUGAAGAGGACGGAGAAAACGAGGAAAGUACCGAGCGCCGCCAGAGUGCAGGUAGACAAUUUGCAAUCGUAAUUUACCCAGACAUACAGCUUCACACUUUAGAUCAAUUGCAUCAUUUCAUUUCAUCGAACAAUCUCUCUGGUUUAGGUGAGGAUCCUGAGUUAUCUGCCGGUGACCUAGAGCGUGGCUCUCACAAGGGUGAGAUUCGGGUGCCUACGGACGAAUUGAUACCUGUCUACCGACGUGACUGUCACUUAGCUGUGCAUUGUGGCAGUCAUUUGUAUCCUGGUUGCGGAGUCUACGUUCUUAAAUUUGACAAUUCCUACUCAGUCUGGCGAUCCAAAUGGCUUUACUAUCGUGUAUACUUUGCUCGGUAG